AUCAAGGCUGCCGUCUCUGCUUUUGAACACCUCAACAUAGCCUCUCAGCUGUGGACAGAGGUAUGAAAGACUCCUGGCUCUUGUGACUCCCUCAAUAAGUUGAUGUGGCACCUAUUUUUACCAAGCAGACCAGCAUUCAGAUCUAAAAUGGUUACUGAUAGAAGCAGCAAAUGAAGAGCAGGCAGGAGUGCGCGAGAGGACGACUUGUGAACUAUUUAAUGAAAUGUGAGCCAGCAGAUGCAACGCAAUAUCAAAACCACUUGUCAGGAGGAAUUCAAGAAGUUGCCUUCUGUUGGGACACUUCCACCAUGGGAAUCCAAGAAAUGAAAACCAUCUUGCAGCGCUGAUACGGUAUCGCAGCAACACCACCACCGUAGAAACAUGCCAAUUUCCUUUUUCAGCACAAAUGACUGAUGGGAAACUAGGCUGCUCUUCUCACCCCCACCCCCCCUCCUCUCAAUCACUCACAGAAGGAGCUUGGUAACAAAGGGAUCCUCUUUCUUAAUCAUUUUGAUCUUCAUUUCUUGCUGGAGAUCGCAGAACUUUUGCCUGGAACCUUUAUAUCUAACAUUUAGGCCAGCAUACUCUAUUUCCCUGGCUUUGAGCUUUUGUUUUGGAGAUAAAAGGACAGCCAGUAAAGUCAUCUUUAGCACGUCAUUAUGAAAUGGGAGAAGUUAAAGCCUCCAGAACCAGAUGAUCCAAUAUGUUGCUGUGAAUGUGAUAUCUACCAGUACGGAUGUUGCUGUGACUGUGAAGAUCUGGAUGAAGCCUUUAACAGGUGGCUGAGAGACAGACCACCCAAGGGUGAAAAUCAGUCUCCGGUGUUCAGGGCCAUGAUCAACAACCUGGAGAUCUCCAUGAUCCCAGCCCUGGUGCUCCUGCCUCUCCUGCUGAGGGUGGCAGCGCUGCACUACCUGCUGGGUAUCACCAUCCUCACAACUCUGCCCGGCCUGGUCAUUUGGUACUACUACGCCACACACCGAAAGAAGAGGCGAACCCUCUUCUUCCUCACACUUGCACUUUACUCUCUGGCCUAUAUGUAUUACCUCUUCAUCACAGAGAUUUUACCUCGUGGGGAUGUCAGCCAGCUGCAGGUGUGUACAGUGACAACUGGGAUGAUUCUAACCAUAGCCUCUCUUAUUCGCACCAAGAGAGGUCCGGGAUUUGUGACUGCAGCCGGCCUCUAUGAAGCGCAAAGUAAGAAUGAGGAAGCCAAAAAGGACUCCACACAUCUUAACGGAUCCAGCCAAUCAGCUGCAUCUUCCUCUGAAACAUCGGCUGAGGUAAAGACAUGCAAAGAGGACCUAACGGCGAAAUGGAGCAGGUGUUCUGUGUGCAAAAUAAGGCGCCCCCCACGUGCUGGACACUGCCGAACCUGCGGAUCAUGCGUUCAGCGUCUGGACCACCACUGUAUCUGGAUAAACAGCUGUGUUGGACAGGCAAACCAUUGCAGUUUUCUGCUGACCCUCUGUGUGUUCGUGUUGACCUCUCUGUAUGGGAUCAGUUUGGUGCUUUGCAGCCUCUGUCCUCGACAGUAUCUUAUGACGGCUCUCUUCUACUGCCCGGGCGUUUACAAUCAGUCUAGCACAGCUCUUUGCUUCACCUGUGCUUGGUACAGCAGUAUCGUCACAGGUGGACUUCUAUACCUCCUGGUGACACAAGUCCUGAAUAUCAGCUUCAACAUUACGGAGAGGGAGGCUCAACUGGCUCUGAGGAACAAAACGGGCCACAGUCGCCUGUGGGGUCUUGUUGUUGACACAGGAGAGUAUUCACGUGGCUUCUAUCAGAACUGGGUUGAGUUCCUCAACAUGGCAAACGUCUCAAUGACAGGGAAGUGGUAUGUGAUUGGGUUUGCCACUAAUGCCCAGUGGUUUGUCACCCGGAAAGCAACCAUGAAGAUGGGGACGACAACGUUCACCCCAACUCUCACCGAGGACUUGGAGAUGUCAUACGCUGCUGUCAACUCUGAUGGAUCCUGCUGGAGAAUGAACAACCUGGCGAAGAAGACCGAUACCCCCGGAAGGUUCACAUACAUUAGUGAGCGCUGGGGGAACGUGAACGAUAUGAGCGUGGUUAGUGUGACGUAUGACGAGUACGCCCUGAUUCACACCAUCAAGACCAAGAGUGGUGAACAAACUAUUGUCAACAAACUCUAUGGACGUGCCCAGGACCUGAGUGCUGAGGUGAUGGAGAAAUUCAGGCAGUUCUCUGUGGAGACUGGCGUCCUGCCCGAAAAUAUUGUUUUCCUUCCCAAAAAUGCGGAGUGCCCAGCAGCCUAAUUGCUAUCUCAGUCAUCAUGCCCUUGAGGCCAUCUGAGGAAUUCUACAUCUGUCAACGUGACUACGAAUUUCACUUAAAUGUUGUUCUUUCAAAUGUUUGUAGCUAUUAAUGCCACAGAACAUGACUGCUUUCAGCUCUGCAGUAGUAACCAUGUGCUGUCAAAUAAAGACAUACGGAUAAAAUA